AUGCUUGUGGGAGCGCAGUUGUACGUCCGUUCUGUUACCAAAGAACACCUUGACGCUGGGCACAGUCCUGGAAUGGGAAUCUCAGAAAUUGGAUUUAGGCAAGAACCUUCAGCUUUCUGUGGGAAGUCGUUCUGUGCCCAGAAUGGCUCUGACACGGGGAAUGGACCAGUUGAGGCGGUACAAGAGGAACAUCAACCUUUAAGUGGCAGUUGUACCUCUGACAGCGAAAGCUGGUUGCACACUCUUACGUUGGAGGCUACGAUGGAUAGUUCGGCAGAAGCUAUCCACAACUUCAAACGAGAGUUGAAUAAACUUUGCAUGAAGGAAUUCGUUUAG